AUGGAUGGGUGGCAGAUCCAAUUAAAGGACAUCAACAACUCCACUCAAGUAAACAAAAACCCCUGCUCUCUCAUCUGCCACGCAAACAACUGGCCCAGAGUCCCGGUUCCUUUCAGCAUCUUCCCGAGUUCAUACCGGGAGGCCGACCAAGACAAGCCGGCUGCGGCUACCACCACCACCCAGCACACCCACGAGGAAGUAGAGAUCAAGAUCCCCCAGAAGCCCGGACGGGAAGGUCAUUACUCUUCGUCAAAUAUCACUGUCAACGCUGCCGAUCGUCCCGUUCGUCACGAGGAGCAUCGUCACGAAGAGCAGAUCCGUAUCAGCCGUGAAGAGGAUUACCGCCGUCCCGGUUACCGUCACGAGGAGCACCGCCACGAGGAGCGCAUCUACGCAUACCCUCAGCACAGACCCUCCCCUGCUACCUUCCAGGACACUCGCGUCGAGAUCGACCGCACCCACCGCCCUAACAUCUCUGCCAUUGACAACAUCGAGCGCGAGUACCGUGCCCGUUGCCAGCCCCAGUACAAAGAGGAGACCAACACCAGGACCACCGUCGACCAAGCCGAGCACAAGCACCACCACCACCACCAUCACCACCAGCACAAGCGUCCAGUUUUCCGCCAGGACGUUCACAUCGAGGAGACCGUAGAGAUCCCCCGUACCCGCAAGUCCAACAACAACAACAACACCACCACCACCACCAAAAUGGGUUACUACGAAGACGACCGUGAGACCAUCGAGAUCUCGGAGAGCCGAGUCUCGCGCGGCAGCUCCCGUGGCCCCCGCUCGCGCGGUGGCGACUACGCUCCCAACACUGUCUCUAUCCCCUGCCACCACAUCCGCCUGGGCGACAUUCUCCUGCUCCAGGGCAGGCCUUGCCAGGUCAUCCGCAUCUCGACCUCGGCUGCCACCGGCCAGCACCGCUACCUUGGUGUCGACCUCUUCACCAAGGAGCUCCGUGAGGAGUCAUCCUCCAUCUCGACCCCCUCGCCCAGCGUUGUCGUCCAGACCAUGUGCGGCCCCGUGUUCAAGCAGUACCGCGUCCUUGACAUGCAGGCUGGUCACAUCGUCGCCAUGACCGAGACCGGUGAUGUCAAGCAGAACCUGCCCGUCAGCGAGCAGUCCAACCUCUACGAGCGCCUCCAGCGCGCUUUCGAGUCUGGCCGUGGCAGCGUCCGUGCCCUCGUCGUCAGCGACAACGGCCGUGAGCUUGUCUGCGACAUGGCUGUCCUCCACGGCAGCAGGCUGUAGAUGCACUCUCUAGCUCUAAACCUAGAUAGAUGUCUUUUGCUUUGCUGGCUUAAUACUUGUAGGAUGUCGGACGCUACUUCUCUGGAUACUCUAUGCCUUGAGUUUGGACCAAAGUUUAUCUAGAUAUCAAAUUGAUAGGUAGCGUUGUGUUAAUAAACGGUUGAUGAUAUACG